UUGUGCACUUCCUCAGGAGAUUUCAUUGAUGCUGUUUGCUUGUACCAAAAAUUAGAAAUGUUCCAUUCUCCCUAUUCCACUGUGCCCUAUGUUUUAUCUCUGAUACAGUUUUAUACCUUGGUGGCCCAGUAUCACUGCAGCUAGCAUCCUUGGUAAGUUGAAGCCAGCUAUCCCAAAGCCUGGCACCUGGAACACUCAAUUGUUGGCUGAACCUUUCCAGCUACUGCAUGUUUGUAUUUCCUCCUGUAAUGAGUCUGUCUCCCAAACACUGCGGCCACUGAGAAGGCUGCCCAAAGAACUUGGGUGUUCCAAAUGAAACUGCUGUCUGGGAAAGGAUGGAAAGAAACAUUGACUCUGCCCACUGCAGACCUCUGGAAACAUCUCCUCAGCCAGGAACUUCUUAAGAAUUUGCUGUCUCAAGGCAAAACACACAGACAGGGGCAGUAAAGAGGAUAAACUGGUGCUCACACUGAGACAGCUAAUAUGCUCAGCCUCCCAAGGAUCUGUGCCUGUUGCCUUUUCCUAAUUCUGCCUUCAGCUUCAGGUGCCCAUGACUACCAAACCCAAAGGCGCUUGGACUCAUUUUCAUGGCAAGGCAAGACCUUUGGUAGGACACCUGCAGCAUCAGCAGAUGAACCCAGCUCCCAAGAUGCUGAGAGCCACCCUUCACCAGUCUCUACUGCAGAGGCCAUUUGCAGGAGUCAGCCCCUUGAUCUCGUGUUUAUAAUAGACAGUUCCCGCAGUGUCCGAGCUCAAGAGUUUGAAAAAGUGAAAACCUUUUUGGCCAAAAUGAUUGACAGCUUGGAUAUCGGGGAAAGAGCUACCCGCGUGGCAGUGGUAAACUAUGCCAGCACAGUCAAGGUAGAGUUUAAUCUUCAGACAUACUUCGACCACACCUCCAUGAAACAAGCGAUAUCCCACAUCAGUCCCUUAUCUGUGGGUACUAUGACCGGUCUGGCCAUCCAGACUGCCAUGGAUGAUGUUUUCACCAAAGAAGCAGGAGCAAGAGUCUCUUCCCUUGGCAUUCCCAAGGUGGCAAUAAUUGUGACAGAUGGUCGGCCUCAGGAUCAGGUGCAGGAGGUGGCUUCCAGGGCUCGAGCUUCUGGGAUUGAGAUCUAUGCUGUUGGAGUUGGCCGAGCAGACAUGCAGUCUUUAAGGCUGAUGGCUAGUGAGCCUGUGGAUGAUCAUGUUUAUUAUGUGGAGACGUAUGGUGUGAUUGAAAAGCUGGCUUCUAAAUUUAGAAAAACUUUAUGUGAACGGGACAUCUGUGCUUCUGGAGCCCAUGACUGUGAGCAAAUCUGUGAGACUAGCAACAGUGGAUCCUGGCAGUGUGGUUGCUAUGAAGGGUACACUCUGAAUCCAGAUAAAAGAACUUGCUCGAGAAGGGAUCCCUGUGCCCCUGGAACCCACGACUGUGAGCAAAUCUGUGUGAGCGGCCAUGGCUCCUGGCACUGUGACUGCUAUGAAGGGUUCCUCCUGAAUCCAGAUAAGAGGACUUGCUCAAAUAAUUCUUCAGCCAGAGAUGUCUGCGCACGUGGAAUGCACAAUUGCCAACAAAUCUGUGUGCCUAGCGGCAGAUCCCAUCAUUGUGAGUGCUAUGAAGGCUUUGCCCUGAAUGCAGACAAAAGAACAUGCUCGAGAAUAUCAACAAGUUCUCUUUUUUCUAUGACAAAGGAAGAGGCCUGUAAAUGUAAAUCUUUUGUUACAUUUCACAAGUUGGCCACCUCAUAUCUUAAAACAAUAUCUACAAAAUAUAUCCUUUCUCUGAAAUCUCUUCAUUUGUGGACAUCUUGCUUUGUUUGGUACUUUUUGAACCAAAUUUACUUGUGAGGUCAGCAGUGUUAAGACACCCCACAUAAACAGGAACUCCUAUUUCCUCUUCAAAUGUCUGGGGAUGGCAAACUUGCUGUUUUAAGAUAGAAAUGUGUUCAGUUAGACAAAGUGGGACUGACUUCUGAGUAACAUGUGCAGGAUUUCACUGUACAUCUUUGACUACAGAAUGAAAAUGUGAGAACUGGUGCAGUCCAGUUGCAUUCAGUUCUGUGGUGGCUGUUAUGUGCCAUCAAGUAAUCUGAUUUAAGGUGCCCCUAUGAACAAAUUGCCCUCCAAAAUGACCUGUCCUUGACAGCCCUGCUCAGCUUUUAAAACUCAAGAAUGUAGCUUUCUUUACAGAAUUGAUCCAUCUCAUAGCUGGUCUUCCCUUUCUUCUUCUGCCGUCAGCUUCCCUAGCAUGAUUGUCUUCUCCCGAGUAUGGCUUUCCUGUAAAUUGCAGGACCUUCCUAAAUGGGAUGGACUGUGUCAUGGAAGGAUCGAAAAUUAGGUAGCAAGUGACAGUGCAGGUGAAAAGAAGAGAUGGUCAUCAAGCCUACCUUGCCUAGGGGACCUCAAAAGCCUGGAGAUGGCCCUGUAUUUUGAGUUACUUUAGUAGCGUUAAGGAAUUGCAUUACUAUGAACUGAUAUAUUCCUAUUUAUAGUUUGAAAAAAUGUCAAACUUUCUCUCAUAUCUAAAAGUCUGGGCUCUAAUCUGGCCAGAUGUCACUGGCCGGUCAGUCCCAUGGACCUCAGAAAGAUUUGGCCCACUGAAACUAAGCUUGUUGAGACCACCAAGUGACCGUUUUCCUUAACUGUUGUCCACUAGAUGAUCUGUCUAAGAAAUUAGAAAAAAUCCAGUGAGGUGCAUCCCUUGAACUAAAGUUUAAGUUCAAAAUCUUGUCUUUUGAUGGCACUUUGCAAGCUUUCAUCAGCUUUUCAGAGAGUCGCUCCAUUAUUAAGGAUCAUGCAAGUGUUUAAUGAUGCAACUCAUAUUGUGCAUAUAAUUGUGAUUGAUCAAAGAAAAAUUAUGCUGCAUGCAUAUACAGCUAUAUCUGUAUUUAAUAAUACUCUAAGAUGUAUGUAUUAAUACAUUUCUUCCAUAACUGAAAUUGCAUGCUCUAUUUAACACUAAGUCUGCCUCCUCUUCCUCUUCCACUGCUGCCAUUCCCAUCAUUUAAAGAUCCAGAUAAAGCUUUAAUAUGGAUCAGGAACAAUGGAGUCUGGACAUUUCGGCUGCUUUCAAAUAGAUAGUUCCUAACCAUUGCUUACUAUUACUUGUUCUUCUGUUGCAAGUGUUGCAUAAACUCACAGAAUCCCACCUGCUUUAAUGGAUGAAAUGGUUCCUGAGUUCUAAUGAAUUAAAGUUGCUAGAAGACACAAGCAGUAAAAGCCAAAGAACUGGGACAAAGAAAAUGUGUGUAUGUUCAGCAGUGAAAGCUAAAGGAUUGGGACAAAGAAGGUGUGCAUACAUAUGUACGUGCAAAACUGGCCAGAGAAUAUAAGCAAUAAAAUGUAGUUGAUCAGUGGACUUUGGAAAAGGAAAACCAUGGACAAAGAGAUUUCCAAGAUAAACCUAGAGCCUGAGGCAAAGGUUGCAUAAGUUGCAGCAGGUGAAAUAGCAGGGAAGACCUCUGGGGCAAGUUGAUGAGCUUGAGCAUCGAUAAGAUGAUCCCAGUGCAACAGGUGUGUUGUCCCAUAUCAUGCAAAAGCUUGCGAAAGAAGAGUAUUUGAGACACCCCUAAAUCCAAAGAACUCUAAGGAAUACUAGAACAUCAAAGCAGUCAGUCAUAUUGCAUGUCCUGCUUCAGGAGAUACCAGCUGGCUGGUGGAUGUGGAAUGUUAGAAGUGACUGAAUAGAACUGCAUUCCAGCUAAAUAAAGGUGUUUGAGAAACUGCA